AUGUGUGGACAGGAGGAAGUUCUCUCCCUUGAUCUUGAGGAUAAUGACUUUCUCUACCGAAUUCGAAGGAAGUCUCGAAUUGUGUACGUGUCGGUGUUACACGAGGACAUAAUCCCUUCAGAGGAACGCACAGAUGGUUCCCGAAUUCUCUCAAACCUGAGAGCAGUUCCAAAUUGGAACGGAGAUUGGACAACACUUACUAUCCGGAAAACCCCAAAGGGUGUUAUUGAGACCACUGUCGACGAAUUUCCACCACACUCCUUAAACACCGCGGUCAUUCAUGGCAAAGAUGCGCCAUACUUCAAUAUCUUAGAUCUUGUGCCUUUUUCUCGGAUUAGCGAUCGCGUCUCCAGAGUGGUGUUAGGUGACAAAACGUUGGUUUUGAAAAUCGCCAGGUUUCGACAUGAGGUGCCAGCGCUACAGCGGGAGGUAUCAACAUACGCUUUAUUAGCGUCCCGUGGCUUCCCCCUUGCUCCUAAGGUGAUUGGGUACGCUUAUGAAGGAACGAUAAACCGAACGAUUGGUUUGUUGAUGGAAGAUAUCGCCGGGAGCACGCCAGGCUCAGGAGAUCUUGAAGAUUGCCAAAUAACCGCUCGACUCCUUCAUGACUACGGUAUCCUCCAUCGCGACCUCAACAGGUACAAUUUUCUCAUGACGGAUCACGGCGCGAUUGUCUUUGACUUUGAGGUCGCGGUUGUUAAGGAACAUGUGGGGGCAGAGGAAUCAAGCGAAGAACUUAUAAGCCUAGUGAAGAAGUUUGAGGACGGUUCAGGGAUAGGAAAACGCUGA